AUGGCGGCGGCGGCGGCGGCGGCGGCGGGCGCCCGUCGCGGCGGGUGUUUACUUUGGAUCGAAGUCAGCGAUGCUUCUAUGAGGCACUCGAAGAGGAGCUAUUGUCCGGAUUGGGAGGAGAAAGACUGGGAGUGUGCGAAAUGGAGGAGCCGCAGCAGCAGCCGCAAGAGGGCCAGGCGGUCCCCCAGCAGCGCCCGGGAGAGCAAGCGCUGCAAGUACGAUCACGCUAAAACCUCGGAUAGUCAUUAUUUGGAAAGCAGGACCAUAAAUGAGAGAGAUUAUUACAGUCGGCGCUACAUUGAUGAAUAUAGAAAUGACUACAGUCAAGGAUGUGAAUCUGGACAUCGCCAUAGGGACUAUGAAAGCAGAUACCAGAACCAUAGUAGCAAGUCCUCUGGUAGGAGUGGACGAAGUAGCUAUAAAAGCAAACACGGGAUUCACCACAGCACCACACGUCACCGUUCACAUGGGAAGAGUCACCGAAGGAAAAGAUCCAGGAGUGUAGAGGAUGAUGAGGAGGGUCACCUGAUCUGUCAGAGUGGAGACGUACUAAGUGCAAGAUAUGAAAUUGUUGACACUUUAGGUGAAGGAGCUUUUGGAAAAGUUGUGGAGUGCAUUGAUCAUAAAGUGGGAGGUAGACAUGUAGCGGUAAAAAUAGUUAAAAAUGUGGAUAGAUACUGUGAAGCUGCCCGCUCAGAAAUACAAGUGCUGGAACACUUAAAUACAACAGAUCCCAACAGUACAUUCCGCUGUGUCCAGAUGUUGGAAUGGUUUGAGCAUCGUGGUCACAUUUGCAUUGUAUUUGAAUUACUAGGACUUAGUACUUAUGAUUUUAUUAAAGAAAAUGGUUUUCUGCCAUUUCGAAUGGAUCAUAUCAGGAAGAUGGCAUAUCAGAUAUGCAAGUCUGUGAAUUUUUUGCACAGUAAUAAGUUGACUCAUACCGACUUAAAGCCUGAAAACAUUUUAUUUGUGCAGUCUGACUACACAGAGGCAUAUAAUCCCAAAAUGAAACGUGAUGAACGUACUUUAAUAAAUCCAGAUAUUAAAGUUGUAGACUUUGGAAGUGCAACAUAUGAUGAUGAACAUCACAGUACAUUGGUGUCUACCAGACAUUAUAGGGCUCCUGAAGUCAUUUUAGCCUUAGGAUGGUCCCAACCAUGUGAUGUCUGGAGUAUAGGAUGUAUUCUUAUUGAAUAUUACCUUGGCUUUACAGUAUUUCCAACACAUGAUAGUAAGGAGCACUUAGCAAUGAUGGAAAGGAUUCUUGGACCUUUACCAAAACAUAUGAUACAGAAAACCAGGAAACGUAAAUAUUUCCAUCAUGAUCGAUUGGACUGGGAUGAACACAGUUCUGCCGGCAGAUACGUUUCAAGGCGUUGUAAACCUCUAAAGGAAUUUAUGCUUUCUCAGGAUGCUGAACAUGAGCUUCUCUUUGACCUCAUUCAGAAAAUGUUGGAGUAUGAGCCAACUAAAAGGAUUACUCUCAAAGAAGCCUUAAAACAUCCUUUCUUUUAUCCCCUAAAAAAAACUACAUAG